AUGGCGUCCAACAAGCUGGACUUCACCGACCGUGCCCAAAAGGCCGUCGAAGACGCCGUGGCCCUGGCCAUGCAGUAUGCACACUCCCAGGUGCUGCCCGUUCAUCUCACAGUCUCCCUCCUCGAUCCCCCGCCGGACCUGUCCAAGGACCAGCAGAACCCGCCGGCCGGUGCCAACAACCCCUCCUUCCUCCGCCAGGUCGUCGAGCGCGCCAACGGCGAUCCCCAGCUCUUUGACCGCGCACUCAAGAAGAGCCUCGUCCGCCUUCCCAGCCAGGACCCGCCGCCAGACCAGGUCACCUUCUCCCCGUCCCUCCACGCCGUCUUCCGCAAGGCCGCCGAGCUGCAAAAGAUCCAGAAAGAUUCGUACGUCGCGGUCGACCAUCUGAUCGCCGCGCUGUCCGAGGACAGCUCCAUCCAGGCCUCGCUCAAGGAGGCCAACAUCCCAAAAGCCAAGCUCGUCCAGGAUGCCGUGACGGCCAUCCGCGGCACGCGCCGUGUCGACUCCAAGACGGCCGACACGGAGCAGGAGAACGAGAACCUGGCCAAGUUCACGAUUGACAUGACCGGCAUGGCGCGUGAGGGCAAGAUCGAUCCGGUUAUUGGCCGCGAAGAAGAGAUCCGCCGCGUCAUCCGCAUUCUGUCCCGGCGGACCAAGAACAACCCGGUGCUCAUCGGUGAGCCCGGUGUGGGCAAGACGACGGUCGUCGAGGGCCUGGCACAGCGCAUCGUCAACGCCGAUGUCCCCGACAACCUGGCCGCCUGCCGGCUGCUGUCUCUCGACGUCGGUGCCCUGGUCGCCGGCAGCAAGUACCGCGGCGAGUUCGAAGAGCGCAUGAAGGGGGUCCUCAAGGAGAUUACCGAGUCCAAGGACAUGAUUGUCCUCUUUGUCGACGAAAUUCACCUGCUCAUGGGCGCCGGUUCGUCCGGCGAGGGCGGCAUGGACGCCGCGAACCUGCUCAAGCCCAUGCUGGCACGUGGGCAGCUGCACUGCAUUGGUGCAACGACGCUGGCCGAGUACCGCAAGUACAUUGAGAAGGACGCCGCCUUUGAGCGCCGGUUCCAGCAAGUCAUCGUCAAGGAGCCGACCAUUCCCGAGACCGUGUCCAUUCUUCGUGGCUUGAAGGAAAAGUACGAAGUGCACCACGGUGUCAACAUCACCGACAGCGCCCUGGUCUCGUCCGCCAAUCUGGCCGCGCGCUAUCUCACCUCGCGCCGCCUGCCCGACUCGGCCGUCGACCUGAUCGAUGAGGCCGCAGCAGCCGUGCGCGUGGCGCGCGAGUCGCAGCCCGAGAUCAUUGACUCUCUGGAGCGGCGGCUGCGCCAGCUUCAAAUCGAAAUCCACGCUCUGUCGCGCGAAAAGGACGACGCCUCCAAGGCCCGUCUGGCCCAAGCCAAGCAAGACGCCAGCAAUGUCGAGGAGGAGCUGCGCCCCCUCCGCGAAAAGUACGAGAGCGAGCGCAAGCGCGGCAAGGACAUCCAGGAGGCCAGGGUCAAACUAGAGCAGCUCAAGGUCAAGAUGGAGGACGCUUCGCGCAUGGGCGACACGGGCCGCGCCGCCGACCUGCAGUUCUAUGCCAUCCCCGAGAUGGAGUCCCUGAUCCGCAAGCUCGAAAAGGACAAGGCAAAUGCUGAUGCCGCGCUCAACGCCAACGCCAACGACACCGGCGGCUCUAUGAUUACCGAUGUGGUUGGCCCGGACCAGAUCAACGAGAUUGUGGCGCGCUGGACCGGCAUCCCCGUGACGCGUCUCAAGACCUCAGAGAAGGAGAAGUUGCUGCAAAUGGAACGCCACCUCGGCCACGUCGUUGUCGGCCAGCGCGAGGCAGUGCAGUCCGUGUCCAACGCCAUCCGCCUGCAGCGGUCCGGCCUGGCCAACCCCAACCAGCCGCCCAGCUUCCUGUUCUGUGGUCCCUCGGGUACUGGCAAGACGCUGCUUACCAAGGCACUGGCUGAGUUUUGUUCGAUGACAGCAAGGCCAUGA